AUGUCGUCUCCCAUAGUACUCCUAUUUUUUAUGCUGCCUCUAACCCUGCAAAUUGGUUUUCUUACUGCUAAUCUGUUGGACCGUAAGUCGUUGUCAACUGCAAAUGAGAUUCAUGUGGCAGUUUCGCAGAACGGGAGUGCCCGGUUCCGAUCAGUUCAGGAAGCAGUAGAAGCUGCUCCUGAUCUUGGGAAUGCACGAUACGUGGUUCAUGUGGUGGCUGGAAUUUAUUUCGAGAACGUUGAAGUCAGAAAGAGGAAUGUCAUGUUGAUUGGCGACGGGAAAGAUAUAACAGUUAUAUCCGGCAAUCGAAGCAUUGGCGGAAGAUGGAAGAGCACCAUGGAAACUGCUACUUUUGGUGCAUCAGCAUAUGGAUUUAUUGCUAAAGACAUCACUUUUGAGAAUACGGCUGGUCCCGAAAUGUCCCAGGCAGUGGCCCUUAGGGUGGACUCAGAUGAGUCAGCUUUCUAUCGGUGCUCUAUCAAGGGCUUUCAGGACACUCUUUAUGCCCGGACUUACCGACAAUUCUACCGCGAGUGUGACAUUUAUGGCACCAUUGAUUUCAUCUUUGGUGACGGCACUGCAAUAUUUCAGAAUUGUGUGAUCGAGACUCAUAGGCCUCUCCCACACCAACAGAAUGUCAUCACUGCCCAAGGCCGCAUUAAUCCCCAGAACAACACAGGCUUCUCUUUUAUCAACUGUACCGUUCGAGCUUCAAAUGAGGCAAGCUCGACACCAACUUACUUGGGCCGGCCUUGGAAACAAUAUUCUAGAUCAGUAUUUAUGAAAUCUUAUCUGCAAGGCAUCAUACAGUCUGAAGGGUGGCUAGCUUGGGAUGGUAGCUUUGCUUUGAACACUUUAUUCUAUGCUGAAUAUAAGAAUUAUGGUCCAGGUUCUACAUUGGGUGGGCGGGUCAAGUGGCCUGGCUAUCACAUUAUUCGUAAUGUUACACAGGCAAAUGAAUUCACAGUCCUGAAUUUCAUUGAUGGUGGGUCUUGGCUGCCAUCUACUGGCAUUGAGUUCUAUACUGGUUUGCCCAAUUAG